GUGGACUCGACGUUGCCCUCAUCCAGGAACCGUGGAUACACGGCAAUAAAAUCUGCGGACUUGGGAUGAAGGGCUUUAAGCUUAUUGCCGCACAAAAUGCAGCUUAGUGACGGCGAUCUGGUAGUGGCAAGCAUUGAGCUGGACAAAACCAGCUUUUGGGUAGCCUCUGCCUACAUGGCCCAUGACAAGGACGUGCCACCAGACGGGUUUCGGACCUUGGCCGAGGAAGCAGCCUUCAAGAACAAACCACUGGUUGCCUCCUGCGACGCUAAUGCCCACAACUUGAUGUGGGGGAGUACGGACACGAAUGCUAGAGGUGAGUCGUUACUAGACUUCAUUCUAGGGAACAAACUUAGUGUCUUGAAUUUAGGCUCAGAGCCGACCUUCAUAACAAAGAGUAGAGAGGAAGUUUUGGACAUAACCCUGGCUUCAGACAUGUUUGCCCAUAAAAUCAAGAGAUGGAGAGUACUGAAGGAAAAAUCGUAUUCUGACCAUCGUUAUAUUGAAUUCGAAAUAGAUCUUAAGACCCCCCAAGUAAGGGAGUUCAGAAAUGUUAGAAAUACCGACUGGGGGGUUUACAAUAAUAAAUUAAGGACUUUACUGCCAAAGAUACCUCCCCGAGACCACGCCACGCAGGUGGAGCUGGAGGGGUUGGUUAAUCAG